CUCAAGACUGGCAUUUAUCUUGUAGGUCCUGAACUAUUUAUGACGUAAUUAGGAGUAUGAACUUCGAAUUCAGCUCAGGAAUAGUUCACCCAGCGUGACAGGCGUGUACCUUUUCCUUGAGGGGUCAGGUCCAAUCCGCUAGUCGUGGCACGGAACGUUCACGUCCUUCCGAACGUUGCCGUCGCGCACGCUCCUCUCGUGCAUUUGCGUGCGAACAAGGAUGUCAGGCGCAAAGAAGCUCAUAAAUGACCCGUCAGAUGUGGUCCUCGAGAUGAUCGAGGGCUUGGUGGAGACCUACCCCAACCUGCAGUACCUAGAUGGCUUCCCUGACGUCAAGGUCGUGCUGCGAGCUGACGUCAGCAGAGGGACGUACGGCAAGGUGGCCGUCAUUUCCGGCGGGGGAAGCGGUCAUGAGCCAGCGCAUGCAGGGUUUGUGGGGACGGGCAUGCUGACCGCCGCCGUGUGCGGCGAUGUCUUCGCUUCCCCGUCUGUCAAUGCCGUUCUCAUGGCCAUUCGGGCAGUGACUGGGCCUGCUGGCUGCCUCUUAAUCGUCAAGAACUACACAGGAGAUAGGCUCAACUUUGGGUUGGCAGCAGAACAAGCCAAGGAGGAGGGCUUUAAAGUCGAUAUGGUGGUGGUGGGGGAUGACUGCGCUCUGCCCCCGCCCCGUGGCAUUGCCGGGAGAAGAGGCCUCGCCGGGACAGUCUUUGUGCAUAAGGUGGCGGGAGCAGCAGCAGAGGAGGGCAAGUCACUUGCUGACGUGGCAGCAGAAGCCCGCCAGGUGGCAGGUCUAGUGGGCACCAUGGGAGUGGGCCUUUCAGUGUGCACCGUGCCAGGAGGCUUCCCCUCCGAUAGACUCCCCGCAACCAAAAUGGAACUAGGAUUGGGCAUUCACGGGGAGCCAGGAGCGGCAGUGGUGGAGAUGCAGUCAGUGGACGUGGUCGUCUCCCACAUGCUGAAUACCAUCAACAACCCCGACACAGGCUACAUGCCUCUCAAGCUUGGCAGCAGGGUAGCGCUAAUGGUCAACAGCCUGGGCGCCACCCCAGCCAUGGAGGUCAUGAUUGCGGCAGGCAAGGCUGUAGCACAGCUUCAGGUGGAGCAUGGGCUGGCAGUGGAGCGAGUGUAUGCGGGCCACUUCAUGACGUCACUAGACAUGUCAGGUCUCUCCCUCUCGGUCCUCAAGGUGGACGAUCAAAUACUGCAGCGACUAGAUGCCUCAACCCUCGCCCCUGCAUGGCCCAAUGCCUGUCAAGGAGCUCGUCCUGCCACCAAGGUUCCAGUACCGCUCCCCCCUGGCCCUGCAGACUCUCACGCUGCAUCAUCCUUAUGCGAGCGACCCAAGGACCUAUCAGAGGAGGGCGCGUGCAUGGAGCGGUGCAUACGAGGGGGGGCAGAAGCGGUGCUGGCAGUGGUGGCAGACCUGAACGCAUGGGAUGCCAAGAUAGGGGACGGCGACUGUGGCAGCACGAUGAGUCGUGGGGCCAAGGCAGUCCUAGACGCCCUCGCCUCAAGAUACCCCCUCAACGAUGCUCCAGCCACAGUAAAGGAGAUAGGAGCCACGGUUCGGCGCACCAUGGGAGGGACCAGCGGUGUAAUAUAUGACAUCUUCUGCCGGUCAGCAUAUGUGAAGCUGAGAGAGCUUGCAGGGUCAGCACAACCCAUCCCUGCACACUGGGCAGCUGCGUUUGAAGCCGCUGUGUCAGCUGUGAGUCUGUACGGCGGGGCACAAGCAGGGUACAGGACCAUGCUGGAUGCCCUCCUGCCUGCUGCCGCCACCCUCUCUCAGAAGGUUAAGGCAGGAGAACCACCAGCAGCAGCGCUGGCAGCAGCUGCUGAAGCUGCUGCUGCAGGGGCAGAGUCAACCAAGUCAAUGCCAGCCCUGGCUGGCCGAUCCAGCUAUGUGCCGGCAGAGGUGCUCGCAUCAGUGCCUGAUCCCGGGGCCAAGGCUGUAGCAGCCUGGCUACAAGGCGCUGCUACAGCCAUGCAACCACUGCCCCAACCCGCCCCAGAUCCAGCAGCAGCAAGUGAUAUCUCCUAGCACGCCGCUGAGGUGCCAUGGCUGUAGCAGUGUGGCCUCAAGGCGCUGCCACAGCUAUGCAACCACCUCUCUCUCCAGCCUUUAGCGGAGCCAGCUUCAGCAACAUUUGCACGAUAUGAAAAAUUGUAGCAACAGGUGGUUAUGAUUUGCUAAUUGUGCCCAGGCGACUACUCUAGUAGGUUGACGAGAAAUGGUACAGCUGGGAUCAUGGAAGCUUGCAUUGUUCCCCCAUGUUCCCAGACUCAUGCUUCCCGUCCAUUUGGAUUAUGGUGCAAUUGUAGCCCCCAAUUCAAAAACUUAUCCAUGUCUGCAUGUGCCAUGGCGUCUAACUUUCCUGCUG